AUGCCUCGGAAAACUAGUUUUCAAGAUCGCUACGAGAGCGGAAUCUCCUCCGACUUCAAGGGCCCGAUUUUCGCCGCGGAACUUCACGCACCAUCUGGAUUCCCGGCGGACCUAGGCGCGAAGCUCUCGCAGGAUUCAGCACUGUGCAAGGCCCACUUCUCGCCCUACCUGGAGGACAGCAAUAGGGCGAGAAUCUACAUGUGGAAUUCAGUCCAAAUGUACAGACUGCAGAUUCUUGUGACGAACUCGCAACCUCCGCUGCAAAUCGACAUCGAGGAGCAGGCGGUGCGCAUAUGCUCAGGUCCCACCAAGUAUGUCUCGUGGCUCACAUACCAGAGCAUGCUGGCGGUUGAGCUGGACACGGCGCCGCGCGGCGAGUACAGCCCCCUAGUAGUAACACCGAAACCAAAGAUUGAAGUCUGGACGCAGACUGCGCCCCCGCAGCCUGCCCCAGAGCUGCGCCACAGCAGCUGCCAGACGGACCCAGCUGUGCGGAGUCGGCACCAGUGGUGCCAGACGCCCGCCCCAGCCAAGUGCCAGGAAACUGGCACCCAAGCAGCUGUUGUAACAGCUCAGAAGAGCACCUCUGCAGCUCUUCACGUGGCUCAAGAUUACUCUCCACUGCUGCCGCCGCUGGUAGCUUCUGCAGCUACACAGACUGCCCCCAAGGCGGCCUCGGCUGCGGGGAAAUCGGCGCGGCAGCCAGCACAGGAGCAGCCCAGUCAGCGCCCACAAGAUCACCGCGCGCCCUGGCACUUUGUCGUCCUCAGGGGCGGCAGAGGAGCUGGGGCACCUGCCGAAGAAGUCGACGCAGCCUUGCGCUCGGCCGGCCACAAGCCGACCAGGUACUACCUGCUCGUGGUGGGGACUGCUAUCGACCGCCGGCGCCGCGCGUCGAGGACAGCGGACAGUCGCCGCGUGGUCGCCCCUGAGCGAGCAUGGACGCCGGCGACUGGAGCAGCGACUCGAACACCGACUCGCCGCACCGACCCAGCCCUGGCCGCUGAGGAGACGAGGCUGCUGGCCGUGGGGCCAUCCUCCAGGGAGGAAGGAGACGACAUGGGUCCCGGCUGCGAGAACAAGCUCGCCUUCCCUCUGGCGGACGUGGAGGAGGCCGCCGACGACGCGAACCUGCCGGACCUGGUGCUGAAGCUGGACCGUACUCCGUCGCCGCCGGAGGAGUCCUCGCGCAGCACGCCGCCGACCGCCGCGCCCGUGGCCACGCCCGUCGAGACGCACUGCAGCAUCGGCUGCCAGGUGGUUGCGCCGUUCUUCAUAGCUGGCAUGGGGAUGGUCAGCGCUGGCAUCUUUCUGGAACACGUGCAGAACUGGAAGGUGUUCGAAGAAGUGCCCGAGAUCAUCAUCUUGGUGCCGGCCUUGCUCGGCCUCAAGGGCAACCUGGAGAUGACGCUGGCCUCCAGGCUCUCCACCGAGGCAAAUCUGGGCCACAUGGACGACUCGCGGGAGCAGUGGAGCAUGAUCCUGGGCAACCUCACGCUCGUGCAGUGUCAAGCGAUAGUGGUGGGCAUGAUGUCGGCCAUGGUUGCAGUCCUUAUGGUUGCCAUCAGCAGACAAGAAUUCGACUUCAGCCACACAUUGCUCCUAUGUUCCUGCAGCAUUAUCACUUCCUCGAUCGCAAGCUUGAUUUUAGGUCUCAUCACAGCGGCUGUCAUCGUGCUCUCUCACUGGCUGCACGUGAAUCCUGACAAUGUGGCCACGCCCAUCGCUGCUAGCCUGGGAGACAUAACCUCGCUCGCCCUGCUGUCGUGGGUGGCCACCUUGCUGUACGAAGUCGCCGGAAAAUCUUCUUGGAUAUCUAAAGUGGUUAUCGUGUGCUACACUUUAGCGAUACCAUUCUGGGUUUGGGUAGCCAGAAAAAACAAGUAUACGAAAUCAGCUCUUUACACUGGCUGGACGCCAGUUAUCAUGGCUAUGCUAAUAAGCACUUUCGGCGGGUUCAUCCUGGACAUAAUGAUGUCCAAGUACAAGGGAGUGGCAGCGUUCCAGCCAGUCAUCAACGGCGUGGGUGGGAACCUCGUGUCUGUGCAAGCCAGCAGGCUGUCCACUGCACUGCACCAGCACGGUCCUCUAGGGACACUGCCCCCCGACACCAAAGUCUGCGUCAGCCCAAUCCACGCCUUCUUCUCCUCCAGUCACCUUGUGUUUGCUUACGCCAUCAGCUACUUUCAGAGAGGAGAUGUUUCGCUGACACCUGUGUUUAUGUGCUUCUAUUUGAUAGCAGCAUUUGUACAGGUGGCAGUUCUAUUGUACAUCGCAUAUGUAUUGACAUACCUAUUGUGGAGGCGAGGAAUAGAACCUGACAAUUCUACAAUACCAUACUUGACCUCACUUGGAGAUCUGCUGGGUAUUGUGUUGCUUGGCAUUACUUUCGCUCUCCUGCGGGCAAUGGGCGAGUCCACCGAUUGAAGACAAUUAAUAAAUUCAUAAUGUUACAAUGUAACACGUUAAAUAUAUCUAUACUCAAUGUCAACCUUAUUUCCAAUAGAUCUGUGUUGCAUGUCACACCAUCAAACAUAUGGAAAUAUUUUUCGUAAAAAACUUCCGUGAUUAACCACACUAUUACUUGCAUAAGUAAUUGAAACAAACUGAGCAUAUUCGAAUCAGUGGGUUCAUUUGGGUCCGAUAGUAGUAUAGAAAUUGUGGUCCUGAAACUGGUUCCGGUUUAAAGUGUUGGUGCCGAUGUCCACGAUAUUGGAUUCUGAAGUCACGGCGGCCAUCUUAGUGUUAAUUUACCUCAAUAUUUCUAAACGUUGUUUCCCUGCUUUGAUAGAAAACAUCCCGUAUUGAGGGAAAAUUUCCCGAUUUUCUUUUCUCAAAAAAGAAAAAAAUCAAAAACUCGAAAUUCGGAAUGCCUCAAAAGACUAUUGCCUCAGAAAAUAUCAUAAUUUACCAUAGCAGCUAAAAUAACCCGUCGUCUAGCCGCCCUAAGCCACUCAGGUCACUAACUUGACCUUCACAGUAAACUUAAUAUUCUUUAAUUUUUGACCAACAAAUUUCUGAAAAAUUGCCUAAAAAAAAAAAAACAAUGUUUGGUUCAAACGCUGGAAAUUUUGUUACGGCUGCCACUUAAAAAUCUUUAAUUUUUAUGUCAAAAAAUGAGAAAAAAAAUUUAAAAUUUAUAAAAUUAUUGAACUAAUAUUUUUUUUAAAUAACCAAAUACGUCAUGGUGUCUCGGUUCAAACCCGGCGAGGUCAUUCGAUUUAAAACGGCGACGGAUCCUUCCUUCACAAAAGCCACCGGCCAACUGACCCCAGACCACUAAUGUAAAACAAAAUAUUAGGUACGUCAUACUGUAUGACGUCAUGGCCGUCAUAUGGUUUACGUCUGCUGGAGGUCGCUGUCGAUAUAUAUUUAUUUUGUUUCCUAGAUGACGCCGCCAAACAUAUUAGUUAACAUUUCCCCACUAGAGUAAAGUAAUUAUUUAUUGCCAAGGUGCCUACCUUCAUUAAAUUUGUCCAUACAAAUUGCAUUUCUGUAAAUUUUACGCUAGAAAUUAAAAAAUAAAUUUAAAAAAAAUUAAAUAAAUUACAUGUUAAAAUAAUGAUUGACUUGUCAGCAUAAAAUGCUUGCUUCGGUCUAUUUAUCCUAGAAAAACCACUUAUUUAAUAAAUCAUGUUCAAAAACAAAAAAAAAUCUUAAGUUCCUUAUCUACCAGCCUCCAGUAAGCCAACAUGCCCACCAUUAUGGAUAUUCGUAUUUACUAACGAGAAAAUCGCUUAAAAUUCUUAAAAUCAUCAAAAAAUUGCUUAUAAAAAUAAAUACUGAUUCGAUCAAUUACUGUCCGCGGUUUGAUACCAGCCAUUACAAAAUUAGUUAAAUUGAUUAAUCAUAUAUUAAAACCUCUUAGAUCCGGGAUACAAUAAAUCAAGUACAUCAAAAUCACAUAAAACAACAGGAAUGAGGAGAAAGGAAUUGGCACACACCAAGUGCCAGUCACCCAUGUUGUAAGGACCAUUUGAAAGAUACCCACCCGCCAACUUUGUACUUAAUUUUUUCCUUGCGUAGAAAAUAACUUACAUUACAUGUGAAGUUAAAAGUAUUCAUGUACGAAUAGUCAAAGUACAAAAAUUCAAGCAUAGUAACCACAAAACUUGUUAAAAAAAUUCUCAGAACUGAAGACAGAGGCCGCCCGGCCGAGACGUGCGGGCGUGCAGGGAGACAUUCGUAAACUUUUAGACGUGUCAGGUGACCGACCACCUGGCCACAACACGCGGCGUGCAGGAGGCUGCUUCCUGGCACUCCCGCUAACAGUAUACGCGUCUUUGAAA